CAGUGUUCUAAUUCUAAAGCAAAAGGUAAAAGAAAAGUGUUACCAGUGACUGCUUUUCUUUGCACAAAGGAAAAAAAGGAUAUAUAUUUAUUUUGCAUUAAAAAUAUUCAAUUGAAAGUGCAUGGUAGAUUUUUUUUGGUUUUGAUUUUGUCAUUUGAGUUGGAGAGGUGAGAAAAAUCUGAAAAAUGGGUUACUCCAAACAAUGUUAUGUCUUGUUGUUGGUAGUGUUACUUGUUGCAUGUGCAAAUGGAGAAGAUCCUUAUAGGUUUUACAAUUGGAAUGUUACAUAUGGAGAUAUUUAUCCACUUGGAGUUAAACAACAGGGGAUUUUGAUAAAUGGACAAUUUCCUGGGCCACAGAUUGAGUCAGUGACUAAUGAUAAUUUGAUUAUCAAUGUUUUUAAUAGCUUGGAUGAACCUUUCCUCAUUUCUUGGAAUGGAGUGCUACAGAGGAGAAACUCAUGGCAGGAUGGAGUGUAUGGUACAAAUUGUCCAAUCUCUCCAGGACAGAACUUCACUUAUAUUCUUCAAGUAAAAGAUCAGAUUGGUAGCUAUUUCUACUUUCCUUCCCUUGCAUUUCACAAGGCAGCAGGUGGUUAUGGCGGUUUCACAAUCGCUAGUCGCUCCGUGAUUCCCGUACCUUUCGAUCCUCCAUCCGGAGAUUACACCAUAUUGGCAGGAGAUUGGUACAAAAGAAAUCACACAGAUUUGAGAGCCAUUUUAGAUAGCGGAAGUGAUCUUCCUUUCCCGGAUGGACUUGUCAUCAAUGGUCGCGGUUCCAAUGCUUACACAUUCGCGGUUGAUCAAGGCAAGACUUACAGAUUCCGGAUAUCAAAUGUGGGGAUUACCACAUCAAUCAAUUUCAGAAUCCAAGGGCAUAAGAUAAAGCUUGUUGAGGUGGAAGGAAGUCACACUCUGCAAAACACUUAUGACUCACUUGACAUUCAUUUGGGGCAGACGUAUUCUGUAUUGGUUACUGCUGAUCAACCACCACAUGACUACUACAUUGUUGUCACAACAAGGUUCACGUCACAGGUGCUGAAUGCUUCAUCGAUUCUUCAUUAUAGUAACUCGGCAGGAAGUGUUUCUGGUCCUCUUCCUGGUGGACCAACCACUGAAAUCGAUUGGUCCGUUGAACAAGCUCGGUCUCUAAGGAGGAAUCUUACAGCAAGUGGACCAAGACCAAAUCCACAAGGAUCCUACCAUUAUGGAAUGAUAAACACAACACGUACAAUUAGACUUCAAAAUUCUGCUCCAAUUAUCAAUGGAAAACAAAGAUAUGCUGUCAACGGUGUGUCAUUUAUUCCUGCUGAUACACCACUCAAACUAGCUGAUCACUUCAACAUCCAAGGGGUGUUUUCACUUGGAAGUAUCCCGGACAAUCCCACCGGAGGUGGUGGUUAUCUUCAGACUUCUGUCAUGGCAGCCGAUUUUCGAGGUUUUGUGGAGGUUGUGUUUGAGAAUCCUGAAGACACUUUGCAAUCAUGGCACAUUGAUGGACAUAGCUUCUUUGUAGUAGGGAUGGAUGGAGGACAAUGGUCAGCUGCAAGCAGACUAAAUUACAACUUAAGAGAUACAAUUGCUCGUAGUACAGUUCAGGUGUAUCCAAAGUCAUGGACUGCACUGUACAUGCCAUUGGAUAAUGUGGGAAUGUGGAAUGUGAGGUCUGAGAAUUGGGCAAGACAAUAUUUGGGCCACCAAUUUUAUCUUAGAGUGUAUUCAUCUACAAAUUCAUUGAGAGAUGAGUACCCUAUUCCAAGCAAUGCACUUCAGUGUGGCAAGGCAGUGGGCCACCACAAUUAGUAUUUGGUAGUUAGUUUUUUCAUCAUACGACUUUCUUGUGCGUCUUAUUUGGAUUCUAAAAUUUGAAAUGUUUUAACAUAUUUUGAAAGGUUUAUAGAGUGUUUAUGACGUUUAAAUUCUAUAAUCCAAACUACAUAAGGCGUACGAGAAA